GCUCUGCGUCUCUCUUUUUUUUUUUCUUUUUUUUUUUUUCUUCUCCUUCUUCCCUUGCUCGUGCGCUGCACUUUUCAGGGGAUCCCGGGAGCCUGGAACGACCGGACCGGUGGCCAACACAUUCGCGUAUAUGCUGGCAACUCCCAGUUUAGAAUUACGCACAGGUUGACUUGUGUUCCGCCGAACAUACCCUGCAGUAUGCUGUUUACUGGCGCUAGUCCCAUCCGGUCACUGCAUGGCACAUCGCACAUGUUCCUUCGCUUAUCUAAUCUCUCCGAAUUGAAACCUUUUUUUCUCCUCUUCGGAAGCCGGUAA